CUUCCUUUGAUUAGCCGAUUGGUUUUGUCGGUUUUGUUUCUGUCAUGUUUUUGCUUUCGUUAAACAUCUUUAGUUUUUCUACCCCUGAGAUAUAAGUGAAUUUCUUUAUACAAACAAUGAAUUUAGAAGAGAACAAGUUAAACUUGUCGGGGCAGUCUUUGAAGAAGAUUCCGAAAAACCUGCCAGCAGACAUAGCAAGCAAAGUGACCGAGCUCCACCUUGAUAACAACGAACUUCAAAGGCUGGAAAAUAUUUCACAAUUCCCCAAUGUUGUUGAGUUAUCAGCCACACAUAACCAAGUUCCUAGGAUGUACCCAGUAGCUCCUCUCCACCAUCUUGUACGACUUGAUUUAUCACACAACAAUAUCAUGUCCAUCGAGGGACUGAAAGAACUCGUCCAUCUUUCUUAUUUAAACCUUUCAAGUAAUAAGAUUAAAGUUAUUGAACACUUGAACACCAAUUUGCAAUUGGAGCAUUUAGAUCUUUCGGAUAAUUUUAUUAACUCAAUAACAAACAUUAGCCAGUUGACAAAGUUGAAGAAACUGCUUUUACAUAAGAACAUGAUUGUCCAACUUCGUCACUGUGAAAUAUUACUGCCUACUUCUUUAGAAAGUUUAACUUUAGCAGCUAAUAAAAUUAACGAUCUAAAUGAAAUAUCUCAUCUUUCAAGUUUACAAAGUCUACGUGAUAUAUCAAUUGUUUCAAAUCCUUGUGUAGAGAUGACAGGCAAUGCAGUUGGAUUUGAUUACCGUCCUUUUCUUGUGAACUGGUGUACAAGUUUAAAGUGCAUUGAUGGUUUUGUUGUUGAUGAUAUUGAAAGUUUAAAGGGUGAAUGGUUGUAUUCUCAAGGGCGUGGAAGACAGUUCAAGCCAGGCCAACAUGCAGAAUUAGUACAAUAUUUAGUUGAAACUUGUUCAUUAAACAACGAAAAUUUGCAGUCUGAACAUGAAAGGAAGCUGAGAUUAAUUUUAAGUAAAGCUCACCAUCAUCAAUCGCAACUUAGAAUGUCAGAACAGCCAGGUUCAGCUAGUGGAAAGCUGCGAAGUUCGAUAUCUGAACUAAUGUCCAGAAGUUUAGAUCCAACAUUACUUGAUAGUUGCAGUACACAUAUAACAGAUAAAAAAUUACCAGAUGUAAAAAGUGAGAAUGUCUUAACAAGGAGUCUUCAUUGUGAACCUGUGACGACAAGGGAGAUUGAUAAGAUGGUAUCAUAUGCAACCCCUUCUCCAUUGCCAGCUGCUUCAAAAUUAGUGCCAGUACCAGAAUCUCUAAUAAGCCCGAUGGUAACAAAUACUCCACCACUAGUCAUGCAAAAUGUCAACUCGGAUACGGUUUCUCCGUGUAAAUUGCAAACCAUUAAGAACAAAGCACAGCAGAAAAGAGUGAAGCGUGGUAUUACAAGUGAUAGAGAACAAGCUGCAAUUUACAUUCAAAAAAUGUGGAGAGGCUAUCAAACAAGAAAUUUGAAUCCUAAAGUUCUUUCCAUUUACCAGCAUUUGCAAACAAGAAGGACUUAUCAAUACAUACAAAAAUUGUCUGAGGAUAUGGAGGCAACAAGAGCAGCACUAGACAGUGAGCAUAAACUGCAGUUAUUGCAAAUGCAAGCAAUUAAUGCACUAUGGAAAAAGGUUGUUAGUUUGCAGCCUGCUAAACUAGAUGAAAGCAUAGGUGAAGUGAAAGAUUUGGCACAAACUUGUGAUCGAUUAAACAUCCAGGUACAACAGCUACAGUCGUGCAUGCAAGAAGUCCUUCGAUGCGUGAGUCCAAGUAGUGGGAGUGCGAUGGGAACUCAGACAGAUAUAAGUGCUGUACGUACACCCUGUACAGAAUCCAAUGAUACUAAGUUUCUACAUUGUCGCCCAUCCACACUUUCUUUACCACCGCAAAAAGUGACACAAUAUGCUGAUGGAUUAGUUGAUGGUGUGAUGAAAGAUACAGUCGUAAAAGACUCUGUUCCUGUAUCGGAAACUCAAGAAUCCUUAAGUUAAAUAUAUUGUCUUUUAACGUUGUAUACAAUGCAAUAUACAACCAGAGAGUGCAAUUGAGAGUAUGAAUUUUUCAUGUUUGAUAUUAUUGUUAAUACAAUUAACUUCAUUGACACACUAACUUUGCUACAGUAUUACAUUUAAACAUUAAAGUAAAGUUACAAUCUC